CCACCUAUCCGUUUUGAACUUCGCUGAGCGCAUAGUUCUAAAAAAACGCACGUGCGCUAUUCGAUUCAAGAACGGGUACAUUAACAUACCAUCUCUGAUGGAUGAGAUCAAUUAAUCGUCAAGUAAACGCAGUGUGAUUACAUUUUCUAUUAUUAAGAUGUCCGUUCAGAUACACAACGUUCGUUUUUACGACUUGAAACCCAGGGCCAUCGUGUGCUUCGCCUACGAACCCGAGAAAAAGAAGUUGGCUCUUGCAAGAGAUGACAAUACACUGGAGCUGUGGAAUGUGGCUCAUGCUCCCUUUUUGGAAUCGACCAUCUGUGGAGCUGACUCUAUUGACUCCAUCGAAGGUAUCCUCUGGGUAGGCAGUAGACUAUUUACAUGUGGCUUACGAGGAAUGAUCACAGAGUAUGACUCAGUCAUGCUUGGUGUAAAAGAAGAAAAUGCACUGACUGGUGGAGCAGCUUGGUGCAUGGAUAUUAAUCCAAAUAAAAGUAGAAUCGCUGUUGGUACAGAAGAGGGAUAUAUCAAUACAUUUUUUGUAACAGAAGACUCUUUAAUGUAUGAGAGAAUUUUUGAUAAACAGAAGGGUCGGAUACUGUGCCUCAAGUGGGAUUUGACUGGUGGUAUGAUAUUUACUGGUUCUCAGGACUCAAUCAGAGUGUGGAAUGCAACAUCGGGUCAUGCUAUUCACAAAAUGAUAGUUCCAAGGAAAGAGAGAAAAGAAACAAUAGUAUGGUGUUUGGAGGUGACCAAUGAAAAUAUGAUUGUGUCUGGAGACUCCAGAGGAACUCUCAGUAUCUACGAUCCAAAUAAGGGAGUAUUAGUAGAAUACCAUGACAGUCAUAUAGCAGACAUUCUUGCCAUAACAAUGACAAGCGACAAGAAUAUAAUUUAUUGUGCUGGAGUGGAUCCAGUAAUUAGAACCUUCCAAAAAGUAACUACAAAAUCAUUGGGUAAAGCCCAAUGGGUGAGAGGUAUUGAACGAAGAGUUCAUAUUCAUGAUGUGCGAGCUCUUACUAUUAUUGAUAAUAAAUUGUACUCUGGUGGUGUAGAUGGCUACUUGGGUCAGUCAAGCUAUCCACCAAAAACAUUGGUGAAGCAUCCACCUCUAUUGCAACAUCCUAGUGCUCAUGCUUGCCCAAAAUCAAGGUGCAUCAUGUUGAAAUAUGCAAAUUAUUUGCAAAUUUGGAAACUUGGUCGUGCAACACUAGAAAAUGGCUCAGUGAAUCCUGGUACAAUCCAUCAAUUAAGAGAAAACCCAGUAAAUAUUUUACAACUCAAAACCAAGGACGAAGAAAAUAUUGUAUCUUGUGCAAUUACAAAAGAUUCAAAAUUAAUCAUUUAUUCUACACAAAAUACAACAAGGGUGUUUAAUUUUGAUGUUAUUGACAAUUCUGUUCAAAUCAUGAAGCAAGAGAGUGAUGUUCCAAACAAAAAAGUGGAUAAAAUGAUAUUCAGUUCAGACGAUAAGUUAUUUAUAACUUGCAGCAACGACGGCAAACGAAACAUAGUAUCAAUAUAUUCUGUUAAUAAUGAAAAUUACUUAUUUUUCAAGACAUCCUUUACGACGGAAAAUGAAAAUGUGAAAACUGUUGGCCAUGUUUCUCUUUCAUCAGACAAUAAAUAUUUAAUAAUAUCAGAUGUUGACAGUCACAUAGUUGUUUAUAAUUUAGAAAAAUAUUUACAUUCAGGAUCUUUAGAAAAAUGGUCUCUUCCCCAGUAUAGUUGUGUAGUUACAGCUAUGGCUGUGCAAAAAGACACUAACAAUUUAGUUAUUGUUUACUCUGAUCAGAAAAUUUUAGAAUACAGUAUACCACGCCGAAAAUUCACCGACUUUUCGAAUAAUUUGCAAGGGCGAUUGCCAAAUCAAUGGCUGGCCAGGCAUUUUCCAAUCACCCACAUUAUUUUUGAUGAAAAUAAUGACAAUGUAAUAAUAUUCCAUGAUAGUACUACAGUAUUUGUAGUAAAUAAAGUCAGUGAUCUUCCAAAUGCCAAUGCCAAAAUUCCUAAACUAGAAAGUCUUGACAAAGAAGAGAGCACUGGGUCAAAUCCAAACUCCAAGCAUGCAUUGCAGGUUGUAAAGAAAUAUAAGCAUUUGGCUCAUUUGGAUUGGAUGAGUGAUACAGAGCUGGUCGCUGUGGAGCUAAAUCACAACUCACUGACUGAAAAGUUACCACCCACAUUAAAGAAAAAGCAAUUUGGAACGUAAAUUAUAAAAUUAAUAAGAGUAUUGUUUCUCCGAAUAAAUGUGUACAUAUAGAUAUUUUAA